AGAAUGUGUCUUGUCGCAAGUUCCUUGUAGAGGGAGAAAGUAGCCCUCCUUUUCUUAUCCGCUAUUUGGGAAGCCUCCAGAGCCCCAACGCUGAACACCCCCCCCCCUUCACGAGAACUCCAGAAUUCUGAACGUGAUAAACAUGGUCCCUCUCACUCUCUCGCGAAACGUCAAUCUACAAGAAUCUCUCUCUUAAAAUAAUCAACUCUCUCCAUCUCUCUGUUAAAUAAUCAAUCCUCUCCAUCUCUCUCUUAAAGUAAUCAAUUCAUAAUUCAAGAAGAUCAAUGGCUUCAGCAGCUGCUGGUUUCGCCUUUAAUCAACAAAUUCCCCAAAUUUCUCUCUCUAACCUCUCUCUUAGGCACAAGAACAACCAAUCAUUUUGUUCUCGGAGUUCAUUAAAGAUACCCCAUUGCCCUUUGAGCAGUAGAAGGGCGCUCUCUACAUUGAAAACAGGAGUCACCCACCACAGAAACUCCCUCUUUUCUACUAGAAAUGUGGAGAGAUUCAAAAGAAAUUCUCGCUUUGUUGUUCGAUGCGAGGCCCCAAAGGAUGGAAGGAUUACUCAGCAAGAAUUUACAGAGAUGGCAUGGCAAGCUAUUGUUUCAUCACCUGAAGUGGCGAAGGAGAGUAAGCAACAAAUUGUAGAGACUGAACACUUGAUGAAAGCACUGCUUGAGCAAAAGAAUGGCCUUGCUCGCCGUAUCUUCUCGAAGGCUGGAGUUGAUAACACUCGACUCCUUGAAGCCACGGAGAGUUUCAUUCAGAGACAACCCAAGGUUCUGGGUGAGACCUCUGGAUCUAUGUUAGGGCGUGACCUUGAAGCCCUGAUUCAGAGAUCUAGAGACUACAAGAAAGAAUAUGGUGAUUCUUUUGUCUCUGUGGAACACUUAGUGCUUGCCUUUGCUCAAGACCAACGAUUUGGGAAGCAAUUAUAUAAAGAAUUUCAAAUUUUUCUCAAGACCCUUACUUCUGCCAUACAAUCUAUAAGGGGUCGACAGACAGUUAUUGAUCAAGAUCCUGAGGGAAAGUACGAAGCCUUAGAUAAAUAUGGGGUGGAUUUGACUGCUAUGGCUAAAGAAGGAAAGCUCGAUCCGGUUAUAGGAAGGGACGAUGAAAUCCGUAGAUGCAUACAAAUUCUUUCAAGGAGAACCAAGAACAAUCCUGUUCUGAUUGGGGAACCAGGUGUUGGGAAAACCGCAAUAGCUGAGGGGCUUGCGCAAAGAAUUGUUCAAGGGGAUGUUCCUCAAGCUCUGAUGAACCGCAAGUUGAUAUCUUUGGACAUGGGUGCGCUUAUAGCUGGAGCCAAAUUUAGGGGAGAGUUUGAGGAUAGGCUCAAAGCCGUACUGAAGGAAGUGACUCAAUCAGAUGGGCAGAUAAUUCUCUUCAUUGAUGAAAUUCACACAGUUGUUGGAGCAGGUGCUACAAAUGGAGCCAUGGAUGCUGGAAAUUUGUUAAAGCCGAUGCUUGGUCGUGGAGAAUUACGAUGUAUUGGAGCAACCACUCUUGAUGAAUACCGAAAAUAUAUCGAGAAAGAUCCAGCCUUGGAGCGCCGUUUUCAACAAGUUUAUGUUGAUCAGCCCUCAGUUGAAGAUACAAUUUCUAUCCUCCGUGGAUUAAGAGAAAGGUAUGAGCUACACCAUGGGGUCCGCAUCUCUGAUGGUGCUCUAGUAGAGGCUGCAAUUCUUGCAGACCGUUAUAUAAGUGGGCGAUUUUUGCCUGACAAAGCAAUUGAUCUAGUUGACGAGGCAGCUGCAAAGCUCAAGAUGGAGAUAACCUCGAAACCGACUGCAUUGGAUGAAAUAAACCGCUCCGUGUUAAAGCUUGAAAUGGAGCGUCUCUCUCUUACUAAUGACACUGACAGAGCUUCGAAAGAUAGAUUGGCGCGCCUUGAGGCAGAGCUUACUCUCCUGAAGGCAAAGCAAGAAGAGCUAACCCAACAAUGGGAGCAUGAGAAAUCCGUAAUGACUCGCAUUCAGUCUAUUAAAGAAGAGAUUGAUAGGGUAAACCUUGAAAUUCAACAAGCAGAGCGUGACUAUGACCUCAAUCGAGCAGCCGAGCUAAAAUAUGGAAGCCUCAUGUCAUUGCAACACCAAUUAGAAGUCGCUGAAAAGGAGUUAGAUGAGUACCAAAGCUCUGGUAAAUCUAUGUUAAGAGAAGAAGUCACAGCUGAUGACAUAGCGGAGAUAGUUAGCAAAUGGACGGGCAUACCAGUCUCAAAACUUCAACAAUCAGAGCGUGAAAAGCUUCUCUACUUAGAAGAAGAGCUCCACAAGAGGGUCGUAGGGCAAAACGAGGCUGUCCGAGCUGUGGCCGAAGCAAUUCAACGUUCAAGAGCUGGUCUCUCGGACCCGCAUCGCCCAAUCGCCAGUUUCAUGUUCAUGGGUCCUACAGGUGUUGGUAAAACUGAGCUAGCCAAAGCCUUGGCUUCAUAUUUGUUCAACACUGAAGAAGCCUUAGUGAGAAUAGACAUGAGUGAGUAUAUGGAAAGGCACACAGUUUCUCGAUUAAUUGGAGCUCCACCAGGUUACGUGGGUUAUGAGGAAGGUGGGCAAUUAACUGAGGUUGUUAGGCGAAGGCCUUAUGCGGUUAUUCUUUUCGAUGAAAUUGAGAAGGCCCAUAGUGAUGUUUUUAAUAUUUUUCUUCAAAUUUUGGAUGAUGGGAGGGUUACCGAUUCACAAGGUAGAAAAGUGAGCUUUACAAAUACAGUAAUUAUUAUGACUUCAAAUGUGGGUUCUCAAUAUAUAUUGAAUGCGGAUGAUGAGCCAUUCUCUGGGGACUCGGCUUAUGAGGUUAUCAAGAGGAGAGUGAUGGAGGCUGCGAGGUCGAUCUUUAAGCCUGAGUUUAUGAAUCGGGUUGAUGAGUUUAUAGUUUUCAGGCCAUUGGAUCGCGAGCAGAUCAACAAAAUUGUGAGAUUGCAGUUGGAGCGUGUGCAAGAGCGGCUAAAUGAUCGAAAGAUAACAUUAAAAGUGAGCGACUCGGCUGUUGAGCUCUUGGGAAGCCUCGGAUAUGACCCCAACUAUGGGGCAAGGCCUGUAAAGAGAGUUAUUCAGCAAUACGUCGAGACUGAAUUGGCAAAACGUAUACUAAGAGGAGAAUUCAAAGAUGAAGACAAGAUCUUAGUUGACACUGAAAUCACAUCUCUCUCUAAUGGGCAGCUCCCUCAACAAAAGUUGGUCUUUAAGAGGGUGACCCCAGAUUCAGAUUCUUCUUCUGUGGUGGGCCAAAGAACUCUUUCAACCAGCCUGUGAAAUGGGUAGCCUCUCUCUCUUCCCCCCCUAGAAACCAAACACAUUCUCAACCAGCCUAUUAGGGAAGGCUUCUCCCCCCAUUCUCACAUAUAAGGGACAAUUGAACUCUUGCUCCCUUUCUCAACUUAAAAAUCAAAAAAAGAGAGUGGGUGUCUCCACCCAUCUUGAGAUAUGUAUAAUCUCCUGUUAUGAAAUUCUCUCUCAAUAUACAUAUGACCAUAUUUGUAUCAUAUGGUUUUCUUCAGUGAAUACAAGUUUUGGUUUUGAUACGUAA